UUUUCAAUUUCAAAGUUUAUUUUACGAACCAUAUGCGAUGAUAGUGCAUAGUUAAUCGCUUGCCGGUGUUAUCAGUUUUUCAUGUGACAGAAAAAGACAAAUAAAGAUUUUAGUACUGCUAUUUUAAAUUUGUGACCAUUUUACUUUAUAGCUGACAGGAGCGGAAAAUUAUGGGAAAAAUGUUAUUAAGGACUAGAAAAAUAGGGUUGGUUUUUAGGGUCACUUGUAUUUGUGUUGUGAGUUUUACUUAUUUAUUUGUGGCUUUGGUAGCAAAUAAUGCUAAGGGUGGAUUUUCGAAUGAACCCGUUUUAGGAAAUACCUAUAGGAGUUCGCGCCAUUUGCUUGCUCUGUCCAAAGAUGUUUUACCACGAAAUAAAACUGCGACUGUACCACCAGAUUUCAAAGUGCAAAAUUCAUCUUCUGGGGCAAGUCAAAAUGUUACCUCCCUUGAUAACUCCACCUCCCAGGCAAAUGAACAAAAUUGUACACCUCCAGCCAUAGAAGAGUUCCCUUCAGACGGUCUCACUAGGGAACAAAGGAAACAUGGUUGGGUCCUGAUCCAUUUAUUUAUAGCCUGUUAUCUGUUUAUAUUCUUAGCUGUUGUUUGUGAUGACUACUUUGUGCCUUGCAUUAAGAAACUCUGUGAUGUUCUUCACCUGAAAGAAGAUGUAGCUGGUGCAACGUUUAUGGCCAUAGCGAGUUCCAGUGCGGAAAUUUUUAUUAACUCAAUUGGUACCUUCAUCACACAGGGAGACCUUGGUGUGGGCACUAUAGUUGGUUCUGCCGUUUUUAAUAUUUUAGCUGUACCAGCUUGUUGUGGUUUCUUUGCAAAUAUGGUGUUAGACUUAGAAUGGUACCCGUUGACCAGAGAUAGCGUAGUUUAUGGUAUGUCAGUCAUUUUGCUCAUAGUUUUUCUGCAGGACGGAAAAAUUUUCUAUUAUGAAGCACUAUGUCUAGUGUUGCUUUACACUAUUUACGUUCUCGUAAUGGUUUUCAAUGACAGUCUAAGAUCGUGUUUUCACAAAAUUGUGACUAAAUUCAGAAGGAGGCGGUUUUAUAAAGAAAUUAUAAGCGAAAACCAACCGUUACUCGUCCAAUCUAAUGGAAAAGUGAAUAACAAUUAUAGCAGCGGGGUACACGACAUCUUGGCUUCUGAUCUAACGUUAAAAGACAUCGAAGAAUUAGAAGAAUCAACGAACAUCUGGGAAUGGCCGACUGAAGAUACGAAAAAAGCGAAAUGUUGGUGGACAUUUACUUGGCCCAUUUCAUUUAUUUUGUAUAUGACGACACCUACCAUGAAGAACCACCCGAAAAUGUUUGCGGUUACAUUUAUUAUGUGCAUUUUCUGGAUAGGGAGUGUUUCUUAUGUUGUGGCAUGGUUGAUCACUAUUAUAGGUGACACAUUGGAAAUUCCAGAUUCGGUAAUGGGUCUCACGUUUUUGGCUGCUGGGACAAGUGUGCCCGAGGCAGUUUCUAGCGUUUUAGUUACAAAUCAAGGUCAUGGAGCAAUGGGAAUAUCUAGCUCAAUAGGAUCAAAUACUUUUGAUAUUCUGCUUUGCUUAGGGUUACCCUGGUUUAUUAAAUCUGCUUUUUAUCCAAAAGUCGCUGGCGAAUACUGGAUUACUAUAAAUUCUCAAGGAAUAAACUAUAGCUGUGCCUGCUUGCUUACCACCCUAAUAUUAGUGUAUUCAAGUUUCUGUUUUAACCGAUUUAAGUUGGAUUGGAAAAUUGGUCUAAGUUGCCUCAUGAUGUACGUGGGAUUUUUAGUGUUCGCUACACUGGUUGAGUUAAACGUGUUUUUCCCCGUUAAUUUACCGACAUGCGGCAGAUGACAGCCAAUAUUUUUGGACAACCAUCUUGGAUACUAAAACUACUUAAUAUUUAAGUUUUUGCCUAAUGUUUGCAAGUUGUAUUUGCAGUUAAUAGUAAUAACACUUUUAAAAAUA